AUGCUAUUUUCGGCACGGACGCCGACAUGGAUAUUGCUGUGUGUUUUUCUGAUAGACACAACAUCCGCGCAGGUGAAUCCCAACCAUGUGUCCAUCAAUGAGAAGCGGAAACACAUUGAAGCAGACUCCAGUUGGCUUGAUAAGCGCCAGCAAGAAGUGCAAAGGGUAGCACUAGACGCUUCCAAUAAGGAAAAAGUCAUUCUUGAUCUCUUAAACUCACAACAACAGUAUUCUGCCUCUGCUUCCGGUAACGUCGCUGCAGCAGAGACUUUUGACGGAAAAAGGGCACAAGUCCAGAAAAUUGGCGAUAAAGGAGGCAUUGCUACAGUCGAUGGGCACAAGGCCCAACUGAGAACGAAAGAAGACGAGACAGGACGACAUGCUUACCUUAAAGCUGACGGAAAGUACGAUCUGGAUACGGUAGCUAUAGGAGAUUUGAAGGACCCGGCUAAGACAUCUUUUGCUGCCACAAACGAGCGCUUUGACUUCAAUCUGAAUCCCAAAACCCAUGAUAAUCAUACUGGAACGGGAACACUCGGGUUCAACGAUAAGGAAAAAGGCAAGAGCGGAAAUUACGCGUACACCAUUACACAAAACGGAAAGAAGACCGAUGCAACGCUAUCCGCGCACGACAUCGGCGCUGGAAGUUUUGCGGAAAAUUUAUUCGGCCGAAGAAGCGAAAAAUAUCAUUGUACAGCCGAAACACCCGGAGUUUCUCAGUGUUAUGAUGCCCAAGGAAAAUCUGUGGGCAAGGUAGUUGCUGAUAAGAAUGGAAAUACUGUAGUCUAUAACGACAAAGAUGUCCCUAUUGGGACCGGAUCAGUAAAGAAGCUGGGACCAAGAAGUUACGAGGCUGUAAUAUCGAAGAAUUUGUUCAUCGCCCGCAUGAAGGACGCUCGUUCUCAAGCAUGCUGUCGUGAAGUGUCAGGUCAUGAAUGUACACAGCCAAUCAAGCUUGCAAAUCCAACGUUCUCUCAUCCUUCAAGUCGGGAUGGCGAUGGUACAGUACAUCUCACAUGGCCAGAUUGUUUUGAUAUGGGCAUUGAUGUGACGCUACCACCAGGUGUACAUAUCAAUAAAUUGGCAAUGAAACUCGAUGUGUCAAUUCAACCGAUUGGAAAACUGCGAUGCAUGGACGUUGCAACUUGCGGACGCGAAUGCUUCUACUGCGAUUUUUGCAAAGAGAGCAGAAAGCUAAAGCUACUGGAAAAUACAGACGGAAAUCUGUGUAGAGCUACUGCCGAAAGGACAUAUAGAUUGACCGUAAAACUUUGCCCACCACCACAAGAUCCGAACUUCACUAUGUGUUCUGCGUUUUCCAAAUCAGUAUGGCAGAAAGAUUACUGGCAAAAGCAAGGAGCUGUAGAUGUCUGGAUGAAGUUCUACGAGAGAGGGCAAACUCGUCCUGAGCUGGAAAAAGAAUUCUUUGCACAAAUAGACAAUCCACUGCUCGGCAAAGCCUUCAAACUUGCAAUAGUUGCUGAAUGGCUAGCAGCAAACAGCCUUGAUCAAGGAUCCUAUACACCAACUAACUCUGAGCUCCUGGAAUUUUGGGUCUCGAAAAGGGAUCCGGAUCGCCUUCUUGCUUGCCAGCAUGCCGUUGUCGACUACGAAAUUGAGGGUGCCAAAGUCAAAACAAACGUUCUGUUCGAGGCAGCGACCACAGCUAAUUCGAUCCCCAACAUUCUAAAAGACAAGAAGUGUGCAGCUUUCGAAAAAUUGCAAGAGGACCGAUUCCAACAAGAAGCACAGGCCUACAAAAAGCAAGCCGGUGGCGGAAAUUUCCUCAGCGGUUUGGGAGGAUUUCUAAACACAGAAACGAUUUUCGCCCAUUUUAUGACAAUGGAGCGUGAGCUCCGAUUGAAAGCCUUCAUAGAAGAAUAUGCUCGAGUGGUGCAAUUGUUUGACGACAUAGUCGCUAUGAAGGAAUCCAUGGGACGGCUCGAAACCUAUAUGGUCAUAAUGGUCUGCCAGAUGGGUGGUGCUAUGAUUGCUGUUAGUCUCUUCCUACUGCUGCGUACCUUUGGAAAAAAAGAUUCCUCCAUGACAGUUAGCAAGCCCAUGCAAAAAACACGUCACUUUCUCUCGGACAUUAUCUCUUUCAUAUUAAUCUCAUUUGUGUAAGAGUUCACUGCCCGUCACAUUCAGAUUGAUAAGCUCUUGCUGCUAUCUCCUUUAAUCCCUAUGACCAUUUGUUUUUAGCUUGAAUGCUGAUAGAAUUACAAUUUGUCAUGACUUUUCGAUUGUUACUAACCAGACCAUUGUAAAUAGCUCUUGACACCUCUGAUUUGCAUAUUAUCUUUACAUCAAUACAUAAGCUUUUUGGGAGUUGUUGAAUACAGCCUAAUAUGCCCGAUAUGCC